UCGACUCAAAACCCUAAUUAAACCUCAAGAAUUUACUGCAAGGCCAACUGUGAGAAAGAGAGAUGGGGAAGAAGGAGAAGAAGAGAGAGGGAGCUGAAAACAUGGAGGCCUUGGGGAACGGCGGUCUCGAAUCUAACGAAAAGCGUUCAAAAAAGAAGAGGAAAAACAUAGACAAAGUUGAACAACAGCAAAACGACGACGUGCCGUCGACAACUGAGAUAUCCACCGUCACCAUUGCUCUUCCCGGCUCCAUAAUCAAUAAUACUCAAUCCCUCGAACUCGCUACUCGUUUGGCUGGGCAGGUUGCGCGUGCUGCAGCGAUCUUCCGAAUUGACGAGGUGGUUGUAUUUGAUAGCAAGAAUACAUCGGAGGAUGCUUCGACUGAAAUAAUGGACAAUGAUUCGGGCGAGAAUGAGAGUGGUGCAGCUUUCCUUAUGAGAAUCUUGAGGUACCUAGAGACGCCACAGUAUCUGAGGAAGAGCCUUUUCCCGAUGCAUAGCAGUUUAAGAGUCGUGGGUUUAUUGCCCCCUCUUGACGCCCCACAUCAUUUGCGCAAGCACGAAUGGGCUCAGUACAGGGAAGGUAUUGCACGAGAAAAACUAGAUCAAGGGACGCUUGUUGAUGUGGGUCUCAGCAAGAAUAUCAAGGUCGAUCAAGUUCUCGAACCUGGAACGAGAGUAACGGUAGAGAUGGGAACGAACCGUAACUUGGAUGCAGGUCCUCGGAAAAUCGUCCCUUCUUCAAGGCCUCGAGACGAAGGAAUGUAUUGGGGAUAUAAAGUGCGAUAUGCUCCAAACAUUAGUUCCGUGUUCAAGAAUUGCCCGUAUCAGGGAGGAUAUGAUCAUCGGAUCGGUACCUCCGAACACGGGCUGAUUAUUAAUUCUUCGGAGCUUACUCUACCCUCGUUCAAGCACCUUCUGAUCGCCUUUGGUGGGCUUGCCGGACUGGAAGAGUGCGUUGAAGAAGACAUAGUUUUGAAGGGCAAAACUGUGAAUGACAUUUUCGACUCCUAUCUAAAUACUUGUCCUCAUCAAGGAAGUCGAACUAUCCGGACAGAGGAAGCAAUUCUUAUCUCACUCCAGUAUUUUCAAGAGCCGAUAAGCCGUGUUUUGAAGAAAUAGCAACGGUAUUGCUCGUCGGAAACAGGAAGCAUUUCUUAUCUCGCUCCAGUAUUUUCAAGAGCCGAUAAGCCGUGUUUCGCAAAAAUAGCAACGGUGAACUUAAGCCUGCAAAGUGGGGUCUCGUCUCGUGUAGGUGCGCACGAGGCAUCUCGAUCGAGUCACGGUCGGACCGGACGAACUCGAACUCAUGAAUAUUUUACAACAAAAUUUGAAGUGAGUGUCUUACUUCGCAAAUUUUUAGAGCGUUGUAUCUAGUUGAACGCAUUUUGAUAAACAUGUGUAAUUUACAAUUAUAUACUCCCUCAGUCCCAUUAGUAAUGUCUCAGUUACUAUACUAGUAAUGUCUCUUAUUUUUUUUAGUAAAAAAUAAUUAUUUAAAAUAUUAUUAA